CCCGCGGAGUCCCAACCGUAGAAAAACAAAGCCUCGGAUAGCGACAAAACUCAUAUUUUACCGCUAACUGCGCUCGGGAAUCCGUUUCCACGCUCCGAAAGCGGCUCCAGCGACCGUCUGUCGGUGUUUUUCGCCGCUCUCUCGCCUCUUUCCGGCGAUGUUGUUUAUCUGUAGUAAGGGGGGGCUUGAAACCGCCCUCCCUUGCCCCAUUUCCUCGGUUGUUUUCCUUCUCUCGCCUGGAUUCUCCAUGUUGUUGGUGCAAGAGUGAAGACUUCGCAGCGACGGGAGCGAGAGGGAGAGAGCGACGGAGAGGGGGGCUGCUCGGCGAAAAUUUACCAGUAAUAGUAGCGGUAAAAACCCGAGACGACGGAGCUGACAGGAGUCUCAAAUAGCCUGCGAAAAACAUAUCCAAGUGCCUUGCCCCCUCCCCAGGCGGACCUCCGAAAAGAAGAAGAAGAAGAAGAAGAAGAGCGGCGGGGGAAUAAAGAAACCCAGGAACAAGAUAAAACCCGACUCUCAUCGAGGACUGUAAACUGAGGCGGAUGACAAGUUACCUCGGCGAAUAAUUGAGCCCACUUGCUAACGAAACCCAAUGAGGGAUGCCCAUCAGUUCUCGGGGACAGGAUUUGAGGAUUUUGAGGGCUCCGUGAUUGUCAGAUGGAAAGUUCUGUUAUCACCCAAGUGCAGAAAGAAGACGUCCAAGUGUCACCGAAAACAGGUUCCAGCUUGUUUGGCUCCAUCCCAUAUCCUACUACUACCACCAGGCCAGGUGAGCCGCUCUGCCCUGAAACAGCCUCGGAGUUGUAACAUCUUCAAAGCACUCUUCUGUUGCCUCCAAGCUCAGGAUGGCCCCAAACCACCAACACCACUACCACCACCUUCCCAGCAGGCCUUGCUGGAGACACAGGAAAAUGGGACGGUUGUCAAGCAACAUGAAGCCAACCUCCUGCCUGAGGUAGAAGCCCAGGACCAAGGCAAGAUAUGUGUGGUCAUAGACCUGGAUGAGACCCUGGUGCACAGCUCGUUCAAGCCUAUUAGUAAUGCAGACUUCAUCGUGCCUGUGGAGAUAGAGGGGACCACACACCAGGUGUAUGUACUGAAGAGGCCGUAUGUGGACGAGUUCCUGCAGAGAAUGGGAGAGUUGUUUGAAUGUGUGCUGUUUACAGCCAGUCUCGCUAAGUAUGCAGACCCAGUGACGGACCUGCUGGAUCAGUGUGGUGUAUUCCGGACCCGGUUAUUCCGGGAAUCUUGCGUAUUCCACCAGGGCUGCUAUGUCAAAGAUUUGAGCCGCCUGGGCAGAGACCUCCACAAAACCCUCAUCCUGGAUAACUCUCCUGCCUCCUACAUCUUCCACCCUAAUAAUGCUGUCCCUGUGGUGUCGUGGUUUGACGACGUGGACGACGCCGAGCUGCUCAACCUUCUGCCUGUGUUCGAAGAACUUAGUCAAGCUGAUAAUGUUUACACCCGGCUGGACCAGCUUCGUGGACAUUAACAGCUCUCAGUGGACCUGCUCAGCUCCCGUGAGAGCUUCAGCUCCAAACUUCAUCUACAAUAGAACCGAGAAUAGAUACUAGAGUUUUCCAACGCUGUUUUCCUGUCUGCCGCUGCACAAAAUCCUCUGUUUAGAAAAAAAAAAAACUGUAUUAUCGCUUGGUUUCAGGAAAUACCAAGCCUGGAAAACACAAUGAGAUUGGCUAAACUGAAACGAUAGAUUGCAAUCUGAGGCCUUUUCCUCCGAACUUCAGUGCUGAUGUUAUUGACAACCACUAUGAGAAAGAGCGGGAAACGACAACCAAAGCAGUCCCAUCACAAUCACUCCAGUUAAUAUGACUAUUAAAGUGGUUCUUUUGCCAAAGCAGAAGCCUGCCUGCCCUGACUUGACUUUUGGACAUUGUGGGUUUUUUUUUUUUUUAUAUUAUUGUGCCUUUUUAAGGAACAACAACAACAACAAAAAAACCCAUCAGCUCUUUUUUUUAAAAAAAUUUCCAACAGAUUUUAUACAUUUCUUGAUUUCUUUUUAUAGGUUGUUUUAUAAGGAAAUCUAUUUUUAAAAAGGUGAACAUGGUUCUUCUAUGCAACCCAGUUCUGCAAUGACAUGGACAGUACCUCUGAAGUAGCCAGUCAAUAAUUGCAUUCAGCAGAUGUAAACAUUACUGUAGCCUUAUUUACCUGUAAAUGAGCAGCAAAACAAAAAAAAAAGUGUAUUUUACUUAUUUGUACUAUAAACAUACUUUCUACAAAAACAUGCAAACAUAAAACACAAGUGGUCAGAUGAAUAUUUGAUACAUUGGUUUUAAGUAAACAGGGUGAAAUCUUGUCUUUGAUGGUCCGUUGAAAGCAGACACACUGGAGUAUGUUGGCACAUAGGACGACCAGUAAAUGCCACAGUUUUCAGCCAGUGUUUGAUAAUAGUUCAUUUGCUACUAUGUUUUUUUUUCAUUUAUUACUAUAUGACAAACAACUUGCACUUGUUUUAUAUGGACAGUGCUGAAAGUAAAAAAACAAAAAACAAAAAACUGUGCCUUUGAAAAUUCGGACAGAGAAUGGUGUUCUGCCUGAAAUGAGAUUUGUAGGCCUACACAGUCUGAUGUGUCAUGCUGAGCGUGAGAAAACACUGUCAAGAGCAAGUGUAAUGCCAUGCGGCUCUGGUACUUGCAGUGCAACACUUGAAAAUAUCAAAAAUUGAUUUUUUUAGCAUGUGUUUUUUUCUAUAUUUAUUGGCCAAAAAACCUGUAUUGUCCAGUAAUUCUUAAUGCUUAACAUUUUGUAUUGUAAUCCAGUUGCCUACUUUUGAGGCUGGCCUUGUGUUAAACUGUUUUCAUCUGUGCCUAAAUAACAUGUGUUUGGCUGUCAAAUUUCAUUGAUGAUUCAAAAAAUUCAGCAGCAGCAAAAACAAACAGACAAACAAAAAAAAACAAUACAUGUAAAUCCACGAUUCAAUCAUGCAGGACAACUUUUCUUUUCCACUCUAAGUUCAGAACAGAUAUUUUCUAGGGGGUUUCUUUUCCGGGUGUAAUAUGUUUUUUCUUUCCUAUGAUGUUUAAUGUCUGAUGCAAUUAUUGCCUGCAUGUUUAACCAGUAAAAAAAAUGACAAUGAAUUUGUAUGAGUUGUGAUGACCAAAAGUAUUUGUUUAGACAGUCACAAUUUGUCUUUGUGUAUCAGAAUAAAUCGAAACUCAUUUUGUCUACCUGAUCUGACCAAAACUCUAAAAGAAAAGAAGAAAAAAAAAGGUGCUACCAGUUUUUAUUUUAAAAUAAAAAUUGGUUAUAUUAUUA